AAAUAUCUAUUCAUUUCCCAGCCUCCAGGUUACCAUCAAUCCGUUCAAAGCGAAUAGUUGGAGGGAUUCGGGCUCCUCAUGUACCCUGGCAGGCCAUGGUCCACCUCUCUGAUAGCGAGUCGGGAGGAGGCUACGCAGGUGGUGCUCUUAUAUCUGAACACUGGGUGUUGACGGCUGGCAGAAACCUUUUUGUAUGGAAAAGUAGACAGGACAUUGGAGGAAAAGAUCCCGCUAUUCCUAAAGUGUACUUGGGAAUCUUACACAAGGCAGAAGCCAAUGCCUCCAGAGAGGUCGCUGUAGAAAAAGUGUUUCUCCAUCCCGGUUUCCAGAAUCAGUCUGACUGGGACAACAACCUGGCUUUGAUCAAACUCCAACACCCUGUGAUUAUGGAUGACAAGGUGGCCCCCAUCCCUCUGCCAGAGAGGAGCCAACACCUGGACAGCAUUGUUGAGGGGUCAGGAGUUAUCACUGGCUGGGGCUGGAAUAUCUACCUCACCGCUGGUAAAUCCCUCAAACGCCUUGUUCUCCCCCUGGCCAAUCUCUCAGACUGCAAAUCAGAAUAUGAACGCAUUUCUUUCACACCAGCAGUGGACAACAACAUGUUCUGCACCGGACCCACCAAAUAUAAGGAAAAUGUUUGUUCUGGUGAUGCUGGAAGUGCUCUAGCAGUAAGAGACGCUCAAACUGGGGACAUAUAUGCUGCAGGGAUCCUCUCCUAUGACAAAUGCUGCACCAGGUACAAUUACGGAGUUUAUAUGAAGAUUUCUUCAUAUUUACCCUGGAUCCACAGCGUCAUCAGGGGGGACACAGAGAAAUCAUCUUCUUUACGCUCUAAUGCAAUGUCUAAGAUGUUCCCUUGAUAGCCGUAGGGCUUCAGAGUGUCAGGUUUCGAUGUCAAAGAGAACUCACAGCCAAGUAUUUUGUCAGUAAAUGUUUGUAAUUUCACCACAGCUAUGUUGUAUCAGUCAAUUGUUGCAGCAGAAAUGUGUCCUAUAUUAAAUCCAGUAUCUGAAAUUUCUUGACAUGGUUCAGUGAAACAUUUCCUUUCAUGUAGGAGUUAAGACUUCUCUAUCAUUGAGAACAUAGCAAAGCUACAAAAACAGAUCUUUUCUUUUCUGCAGUUGAAGAUAUCAACAAGAGAUAAAAUAGAGGCGGUAGAUCAGCUGUUCCUGUGCAGGAUGUUCCAGGGUUACAGAUUUCACUUUGAAAGGAGAAGUUGGAAACUUCAAAAGUCGAGACAACAUUUCAUCAUGUGCUGGAAAAAGCAUUAAAGCAAAAGUUAACAAUGGAUUAAAAGACGAUGAGGCGACUCUAAA